AUGCUGCGCACUGACCUCCACCCAAACGCGCCGAACGGCGAUGUCAACGACCCGGCAAAGUUGAAGACAAACGAUCGUGUAAAGAUGGCCACAGAAGUGUCGGAACGUGCUCUGGCACAUGAAGCGGACACGGAGUUCCUCGUUCGCAAAAGCAUGAAUACCGGAUACCAGGUGUUGUCCCUUUUAACGCCUCCUGCAUAUACCGCGUUUGUUAUUGCACGACGGGGAAGGUCUGCAUGGUCUCUGAAUCGGACGCUACGCGCAACCUGGGUUGGCGGACUGACAGGUUCUGCCGCCUUCGGAGGUGGAGCUUACCUUCGUUAUGCAAAUACCAGCUACGAAACGACCAAGGAAAAGAGAAUAGCCUCUGCGUAUGAUACCAACAGGAUAAGACGCGAGGACCACUCAACAAUCGGUGCAAUCCUCAUGGCAGUCAUCACCCCCGCUCUCUUUUGGAACAGAGCAAGCAGUAUCAAUUUAAUCCUCGGAGGAGCAGGUCUAGGAAGUACAGCAGGUGUAAUUACCCACUACUUCCGCAAUCUCUCAGGGGACGUGCCACCAAAGGUCGAACCACCACCCGUAGGGCACGAUAAUGAGCAUAACCUCUAG